GGAUUAGUUUGCUACAUUUUCUUAGUUUUUUUUCUAAAGAUCAUUCAAGUACUAUGGGUAAGAUUUUAUUCGCAUUUGAUCUAUUAUGAUAGAAAUAUUCUUCAAAAGGUCUACGAACUGCCAUGCAAAGAAAGGUCAAUUUGGUGAUGAAUUUGCUUAGAACAACAUGACUUCAUAACUUAGAAGAUAGAUAGGGGUCUUCGAUGUUAACAUAGACAUGUGGUAUUCUGUUAGUUAGUAGUGUUUCAAACGCUCUUUAGUACAUUUACAUGACUUCUUGGAUGGAGGAUAUACCUCAAUGAUAUGCCAAACUUCUUUAGUCUAUUCUCAAACUAAUACAGCAAAGAAGUAUUUAUGAUAUAUUUAUACAACAUCCGCACUUCAUCUUACAUUAUCAAAUUAUAGCAGCUGGUGUUUUCAUGCUUAUUGUUCGGUGACAGUCUAUUUUUUAAAAUUUCAUUAUAUAAUUAUAAUGAAGAUAUUAUAAAGGCAAAUUAUAUUGCAACGUUUGUAAAAAAUAUAUCAAGAAGGUGUUUUCUGAGAGCGAAGGUGUGGAUUAAAUGCAAAAAAAUAUUGUAUUUUAUAUGACCCAAAAGGUAUAUUGAACAGUUUUAAGAAGGGUAAAAGUAUUUUAACAGACUAUCUGGCGCACAUUCUGAUCCACUCAAGGGGGAUAAAGAAGAUUUUACUUUAAAAAUAAAAUUGAAAAGCGUUCACUUUACAUAUACUCAGCUUUUGAAAAAAAAAUUAAGAAACAUUAUAGCUUGUUUUUCAUAUACUUUUCUAGCAUUUUUAUCGUCAAAAAAAAUUACUAAAUCAAAUACUUUUAUCUUUAUUGAAUCAUAAAAGUAGCUCGACAACUAAUCUAAGUAAUGUUAAGAGCUUCUUUUCGCUUAACAUGUUAUUUUGAUAGUAUAUGGUCAUCACUAAAAGUUCAGUAACUCUAUAAAAUUCUCAAAAUGGAUGUUAUUCUGUUUUUAUAUUAUAUUAAUAUAUUGGUAUCCUAUGUAUAUUUACACUGUAAAAGUUACAUAUCCUGAUGCACUUUCCACUUACAGGAAUUUAUGCAUCUCGCAAAACAUUGUAAAAAUAAAAAUUCACUUACUAAAAUCAUACUUAAGGUAGAAUUUUCCAUAAACAAUCCGGACUUAUCCUUAGCUUCGAAGCUGAAAAUCUGUUAGUUGAGAUUUAUUUUAGGCCUUUAAGGUUAACAUAAUCACUGUUACUUCCCACUUUUUUAAUAAAAUAAAAAAGUUGCUAUAUCAUGAUUUUUUUGUAUUUAUAUGCAACAAAACAUUCAGUAAUUCUCAUAGGAAUCACACCUAAAAGAAUUGAGUAUUUUUUUGUAAUUAUUAUUGGUGCCGUUGUUCUUUGCCUAAUGAGUGACAUUAUCUUUUUUUUUCCCUUUUAAAUGCCAAGGGUAAUUUAGGAAACACUAAUGUUAUAUUUCAUAUUGCUUUUGUUUUUUAUUUUUACGCAGUUUCCCUUCACUAUCCCGUCAGAAGCAGAAAAUAAAUGGACUUUUCUUAAAUAUAGUAAAGAAGUAGUUUUGCAUAAAGCAUCAGAAUAUAAUGAGAAGCAGGUUGCAAUGUCUAUGCUUGUCCCAGCACUAUCAUCUAUGAUAAGCACUUCUAUAUCUUCUGCAGCCAUACAUGUACGUGCAUACCGAAAAUCUUCUGAUUUAGUUGCUACUCUGUCUGCAUGGUUUAAUGGUACAGAGUAUUCGGUACAAAAGGCUGCUUUUGCUUUGGACAGAGUUAUUGUGGAAUUUAAAGAAGCACCAUCGAUAAGCACAGUUCAGUUUCUUAGCCCUAUGCUCCUGGAAAGCGCAGACUUUCAGAAAAAUAUACUUAAAGCAUCUGUAGCAUGCGAUUAUUUGGGGGAAAUUGCCAAUUUAAAUUCACUUACAACAUGUAUGCAGAAAUCAAGCAUACCGGUUGCUUUACGCGGCAAGGAAGCGUCUUCAACCUUAAUGCACAAUGUUCUUAUGAAAAGUCUUUCGAAACAAAAUUUAAAAGACUUAAUUCAAUCUAAGGUACAUUGUGAUGCAUCCCCCCAAAAACAAAGUCUCAUGAUUGGAGUGCCUGUAGGCUGUGAAACGAGUGACACAGAGCCGAAUCUUUUAAAAACUUAUCAUGCGGCUCGAAGGAGAUCGCAUGAUUACUUUCACAUGACACUCAUGAAUACUCCACCCCAUACACCUGAUGCUAGUCAGUGUGUUGGCCACUUUUGGUACUUUAUUUUUUUCAUUAUUUUAAUUCCUAUAUCCUUGUGUUUAUCGGUUGUUUUUUAUCGUCGUGGUUUAGAAUCCGGUAAGCGCAGUAUUCGUGAGUCAGAGAAUGAUAUUCGUGCUGGUGUUCGAUUGUCGUUAAAUCCGUGGAGUCUAUAUGGUAUGCCACCCAGCUGUCAGAUGCAGUAUCCUCCUGGUUAUGGAUAUAACAACAUUGCUAUGCCUUCCCCAAAUCAAAUGCUAGUUCAAGGUUCACUACCACAGACCACCACUAGCAGUGUACACAAUCAACAGAUUUAUGGCGAUGGGAUGGCUUACCAACAUCAGGCUUCUUGGAGGCCUGGUUAUUAG